CGUGCGACCGGCCCGCGCGCUCGUCGUUAUUCCGCGGCGCCAUCUUCCUCUCUCCUCCGCCCUACGCGUCGCCCCGCCUCGCCUGGCCUUCCCCGCGCAUCCUGCACGGAGCCCUAGGAGGCUAGGAGAGGAAGAAGAACACGCGCGCGGGGGGAUAGUGGAUAGCCGAAGCAACUCGAUCGAUCUGUGGCCGCGAUCGUAGCUCUCUUCUUGGUCCGAUCUCGUCUCUCCCGGCAUGGAUUUCAGGAAGGUGCUCGACCAGACCGUCCGGGAGAUGUAAGAAUCAGAAUUUUUAUUUCUCCUUCUCCGCCCCUUUUCUCCUCCUGGUGUACUCCUAUCUUGUAAAGAUAUUUUUCUUCUUGUACUUUCAGAAGGAGGGAGGUAAAUCUUAAGGUGCUCAAGGUGCCGGAAAUCGAGCAGAAGGUUCUUGAUGCCACCAGCGACGAGCCGUGGGGGCCGCAUGGUUCCGAUUUGGCAGAUAUCGCCAGGGCCACCAAGAGCUACGGUGAUAGCGAAAUUAUAAUGAAUGUGUUAUGGCAACGCCUGGGGAACACACUUGCGAAUUGGCGUCACGUGUAUAAGGCGUUGGCUGUGAUCGAGUACCUUCUAGCUAAUGGCACCGAACGUGCAGCUGAUGGCAUUGUUGACAAUAGCUCACGAAUUGCAAUUUGAGUAUUUGGAGCCUAAUGGAAAAGAUGUUGGGCUCAAUGUGCGUAAGAAGGCUGAAGCUGUUCUAGCAAUUUUGGAUGACAGGGAGAAGCUUCAAGAGGUCAGAGAGAAGGCUGCCGUUACUAGAGACAAGUAUUUUGGCUUAUCAUCAACUGGAAUAACGCACAAAUCGAGCGCAGCAUCAUUUGGCAGUGGCAGCUACUCAUCUGGUAGCCACUAUGGGAGCACAGGAGGUUCAAGGGAGGUGGGAUCAUUCAAGGAUAUACACACAGGCACAGAAUGGAAAAAGAACAAGAAGGAAACAGUGUCAAACUACAGCAGCAAUAGAGAAGGGUCUAAAGAAAUUACUAACAGUGCAACCAGUUAUAAGUCAAAAAAGAGUGAAAGGCAUGGUAGAAGAAAUCAAAAUUCCUUAACAUUACACUCGAAGUUAUCUGCAAAUAUUAGCACCACAUCUGAAGCCCCAAGCUCAAAGAAAGGGGAAAAUGAGGAUGAUGAUGAUUUCAACCCACGAGGAUUUUCUACAUCUACUGGAACAGGUACCACAAGAUCUAAUCACCUGGAUCUCUUUGGUCCAAGCUUGAUGGAUGAUCUUGUUGAUUCUACUACAUCCACUUCAACAGCAACGCCAAAUGUUAGCACACCUGCUGUGCCAGAGGUUGAUUUAUUUGCAGAUGCAGCUUUCCAAUCAGCCAAUGCUCCAUUGGAGGCAGCAACGGUUUCUCACACUCAGGACAAAAUUGAUUUGUUUGCUGGCAGACUGUCUUCUGCUGAUUCAUUUACUUCAGACACAGAGUUCUCAGUACGCGGUAGUCCUAACAAGUCAUCGGAGAAAAAAAUGUCUUCCGUUGUGCAUCCUUCUACUUCUGCUUUUGAUCCCUUCAAACAAUCUUUUGCCACCUCAUUUCCUUCAGAUUCAGAGUUCUCAGUUCAUGAUCCGACAAGCAAAUCUUCUCAAGGAAAAACUCCCACACCAGAACAUUCAAGUACAGCAGCUUUUGAUCCUUUUGCUGCAAUUCCACUGAAGAGUUUUGAUGGAUCCGAAUCUUUUGGAACAUUUUCUUCGAACACAGCCUCAAACAUUACUGAACUGCCACGGGAUUCUUCUGGGGGUCCCAAAAGUUCUGACCAUGGUCCUUUGGAGGAUGCCAAUUUUGAUGCCUUCACUUCACACUUGGGAUCUUCCACAACAAGUGCAACUGAGUCCAUGAAUAAGCCCAUCAAAAAGCUUGGGCAGGACUCGAUGUCAGCAUCAAAAUCAGUUGCAAAGAAAGAAACUUUUCAGGUCAAAUCUGGCAUAUGGGCUGACUCUUUGAGCCGAGGAUUGAUUGAUUUGAAUAUAACUUCGUCACAAAAGAAGGUCGAUCUCUCCGAUGUUGGGAUUGUCGGACCGCUGAGCGGCGGAUCUGAGGAUAAAGGCCCGGGGGCGACGAUGGGCACAGCACCAGGCCUUGUCAGUUCUAGUUUUCCAUCUAAAACAGAAACAUCCAGUGGAAGCGGUCAUUUUCAGCACCAACAGUUUGGAAGCUUUAAGUGAUUUUUAUCCAGGAUAUGUCUUUUGUUCUAUGGUUCUUGCAGAGUACUUCUUGGAGCAUUCGUACAGCUCCAUGCCUAUAAGAGUAAACGUGUAUAUAGCUACCAAACUCUGUGCGAUGAUCAGGAGACGUGUUGCCAACUAACCAGCAUCUUCUCUGCCCUUGAGGCAUUAAUAUUUUUUUACUUAUGGCGAAAUGGAUAUGUUUUGUGUACAUGAGUAAAGAACCAAUGCCAUGGUAGCAAUUGUAAAAAGGGUUCAUCAAUUAUGUGUGAUACACGCUCAUAUGAAUUUUGAAAAAUGAAUAACGCAAAGCAUUCUGGAUGCUGGCAGU